AUGUCGCUGCAGUUCCUGGGCCAAAAGUCGUGGCAUCCGGCCAGCAAGGCCAACCAGAAGCGCGUCUGGGUGGCGGAGCAGCGCGCCAAAGAGCGCGAGGAGCGCGAGCGCGAGAAGGCCAAGGAGGUGCGCAAGGCGGCGGAGGCUCUGCAGGCCCAGCAGGCCGCCGCAGCAGCGGGGGACGCCGGCGCAGCGCGACGCGCCGCCAGUCAGCAGGUCAACUUCCUGUACGCGGCGCCUCCGGGGCUGCCAGAGGCCAAGGACGAGGCUCAGCACGCGAAGCAGACGCAGGGCGGGGAGGAUGAGGCGGUGCGUGAGUUCAGACGCAGGGCCGAGAGGCGGGGAGAGCCGCAGCGGAAGCUCGAGAGAUACGUGGGGCGCCGAGCGGAGGAGACGCUGACGAUCAAGGACCAGGUGGAGCGGUUCCCCAUCCUGAAGGACGCCCCGGUGGAGGGCAAAUACACGGAGACGAUCCGGGUCAACUUCAACCCGGUGGGGCUCUGGCUGCGCAAUGUGCGCUGCAUCCGCUGCGGGGAGUGGGGGCACCAGAGCGGUGACAGAGAGUGCAAACUACGGGACCAUAAUCCCAAUGAUGCUACGAGGCAGAGGUGGGAGGACCCAGUGACGGAGAUCAACAAGCUCAAGUCUGCCAAGCAGGAGCUGGUGUUUCGACGAGGAGCGCUGCCGUUGGAGAUGCAGGAGGCGGCGACUAAUGAGUACGAGAUCUUGCAGUCAGACGAUGGUGAGCUUUCAAAUGUUGCUUCUGUGGAGUGA